AUGGACCACAAAAAGCAGCGUGUCGAGAAAGCUAUAAAGCCCCUGCGAUCCCGCAUCUUCCAACCUUUCCGCGCUAUUGGAUACAUUACAAACGAUAUUCCAUUUGUCAUUGAAACUCGUGGACAAGAUUAUUUCUUGACUACCAGCGUUGGCAACAACUUCCAGACCUACAAUGUUGCUAAAAUGAACUUGCUCUUUGUGAGCCCUACUACCGAAAAUGCCAUCAGCGCCAUGACAUCUGCUAAUGGAAUAACUUAUGCAGCUUGCGGUAAUAGCGUAUUGGCUUUUAAACGCGGAAAAGAGUUUUCUCGUGUUGGAGGUGAAGGAAAUUUCAUUAUCUUCCAGCUGCUCGUGCUUGGUCCCUACGUUGUCGGUUUGUGCGAUGAUAAUACACUGAAGAUGUGGAAUACCGCUACAAGAGAAUUGUAUACAGAGAUCGAAUUCGGUGAUCAAUUUACUGCUACAGCGAUGAUUCACCCUAGCACUUAUUUGAAUAAAUUACUGAUCAGUAGUACUGAAGGAACUCUUCAAAUUUGGAAUAUUCGCACCAACAGUCUUGUAUAUCAGUUUAAAUCGUUUGGAUCUCCUAUUACAUGUUUGACUCAAUCACCUGUGGUCGAUGUUAUCGCUAUUGGAUUACUGAACGGUACUGUGCAGCUACACAACAUUAAAGUGGAUGAGAAAAUCGACAGUGUACGACAAGAAGACCGAGUAACGGCCAUCUCAUUCCGCACAGAUGAGGAACCUAUGAUGGCUACUGCUAACAUGCACGGCGAUGUUGCUCUUUGGGAUCUCAACACUCGUCGUCUGGUGCAUAAGAUGAAAGGAGCUCAUAGCGGGUCGAUUUCUUCUGUCGCUUUUUUGAAUGGUCAACCAGUACUUGUGACAGCAGGUGCGGAUAACGCUGUCAAGCAAUGGAUUUUCGAGAAGCACAACUCCGUACCCUUGCCCUUGAAGUACCGUAGUGGACAUUAUGGACCUCCUUCAAAGAUUAGAUUUUAUGAUAGUGCUGGAAAGGCGAUUAUCAGUGCAGGUCGAGAUCAAUCACUCCGUUCAUUUUCACUUAGACGUGAUGCCCAGAGCUUUGAAUUUUCACAAGGUCAUCUGGCUAGCAAGUCCAACAAGAAGGGGCUAAAGAUGGAGGACCUUAAGCUACCUCAGAUUGUUGACUUUUCGACCUGCAUUGCUAAAGAAAAAGAGUGGGAUAAUGUGUCAACAUGUCACUUGAAUGAUAAUGCUAUUCGUACAUGGAGUUUAAACAAGAAGAGCAAAGGAAAAUAUACUAUGAUUAGUAAAGACAAGAGUGCAAUUAAGACAACUACUAUCAGUGCAUGCGGUAACUUUGUGUUUGCUGGCUGUGCAUCCGGUCAAAUUGAUAUGUUCAACUUGCAAUCCGGUGCUCAUCGCAAGACAUAUGGCGGUAUUGAUGGUCAUAAAAAGGCAGUUACAGGGCUGGCAACAGAUAAUGUGAACCGAUUCGUAAUCAGUUCUUCUGUGGACAAGACUAUCAAGAUUUGGGAAUUCAAGUCUGCUAACCUGCUUCAUACCAUUCAACUCGAAUCCCCUGUAGUUGAAAUUCUUUUCUUGCGCGAUAAUGAUCUUUUAGCAGUAGCAUGCGAUGAUCUUGGUAUUCGUGUCAUUGAUAUAGAAACACAAAAGGUGGUCAGAGAGUUUUGGGGUCACAGAAACAGAAUUACAGAUAUGACUUUCAGUCCUGAUGGUCGGUGGAUCGUAUCUUCAUCAUUGGAUGCCACAAUUCGUACAUGGGAUCUUCCAUCUGGCACAAUGGUUGAUAUUUUCCGGGUACAGGAUGUUGUUACCAGUCUGACAUUCUCUCCUACCGGUGAUUAUCUAGCCACAUCUCAUGUAGAUAAUGUUGGAAUUUUCUUAUGGGCAAACCGCACACAGUUCACCAAUGUUUCAUUACACAGUAUCCCAGAUGAUGAAGAAGUACAACUCUUGUCUCUUCCUUCUUUGAAUGGCGAUGGAGGCGAAUUAGAUGAGGAUGAGGAUGAGAUGACCACAGUUGUAGAUCCAUUGAAUAAGACAGAGCAACUUACCGAGAAAAUGAUUACACUUUCUUUGGAGCCUCGUUCUAAAUGGCAAAACUUGUUGAACUUGGAUAAUAUCAAGCAACGCAACAAACCCACCGAAGCACCUAAAUUACCAGAAAAGGCCCCAUUCUUCUUGCCAACACUGCCUGGUGCAGCUCCCCAAUUUGCCAUUGAAGAAAAGAAAGAAUCCAGUGAAUCAAAAAAGAGCUUCUUCCAAUUGAACGAGAUGCACUUUGUUACCGACUUUACUCGUUUACUUCGCUCAGGGGAUGAGUCCAAAGACUUUUCUGAGUUUGUAGCAUAUUGCAAGUCUCUUAGCCCUUCGGCUAUUGAUCUUGAGAUUCGUUCAAUGACAGUGGAUGGUCAACUGACUGCAAUGAAUCAAUUUGUGAACGCAAUCUCUUAUAUGCUCUCGACUCGUAAGAACUUUGAGCUGGCACAAGCAUGGCUAAAUGUGUUUUGUAUAAUUCACGGCGACCUGGUGGUUGCUAACCCUGAAAACCCCAUUCAUGACAAGCUCAGCGCCAUUCUCUCACAACAAAAGUCUGAAUUUGGCCGUUUGUCAGAUCAAAUUCAUUAUGGCUUAUGCUUAAUUGACUUUGUUCGUAAAGCUUAAAAAGGGAACGAAGAACAUUUUUAUAAAUCAAUAAAUCAAUAAAAAUAAUAUAUAUAUAU